AUGGCGGAAAGUGGGGGUACACUACCAGAGGACGAUAAAGUACCUAGACGUGUCAAGGACAUUUUGUGUCAACCAUGUUUAAGUAAGAAUGAGCAAACUGUAGCUGAUAAGUUUUGUUUAACUUGCAACGAAUUCCAGUGUACGGAAUGUUCAAAUGUACACAACGUACUUGCUAUUCUCAGAACUCACAAAUUAGUGAACGCGAAUGAAGCUGUAACGAAACAAGAUUUGUUUGACAUGAAAGGAUUAGACCGAUGUAAUCAACAUAAAAAGAUUAUAAAAUUUUUCUGCGAAGAUGAAAAUCAGCUAUGUUGUAGUACCUGCGCUAUAGUUGAUCAUCGUAAAUGUGACAGCGUUGUAGAAGUUCAGAAGAUUGCUGGAAAAUUGAUGUCUCCAAAUUCAUUGGUAAAGGAAAAAUUUCUGGCUACCAAAGGAAAAGCCGAGGACAUUAUCAAACAUGUAAUGUCUUCAAAUGAGAAAUUGGAGCAGGACGUGAAUAAAAUUCCAGAAACAAUUAAUCAAGUGCGAAAUGAAGUAAUUCGAAUGUUUAACGAUUUGGAAGUUGUCAUCAUUAAAAGAGCGAAAUCUUUUCGCGAAGAAACACUUAAAAAACGUACACUAAAACAAUCGCAAACAGAGAAUUAUUUAUCUGAUGCAACAACGCGUUUGGAAAUAAUUGAUAGCGUAUAUAGUAAUGGAAGUUUAGCGCAACAAUUUAUUGUAGAAAAGAAAAUGGAAAAUGAUGCCACUAAUCUUUACAGAAACGUGAAUGAGAUAUUUCAAGACUUAGAGACGGUCAGCGUUACUUUUCAUUUUGACAAAACAUUAAAGUUGCCACCAUUUCUAAUUUCUGAAUACGUUCCGGGACAACUCGCAUUUGAAGUUAAUAGGCCAAUUACAUUAACUCCUGUUUCUUCUAUUGAUUUGAAGAAGACAGGAGAUGACAAAGCUAAACCGUUCUAUUCAGGAAUAGACCUUCUACCCGAUGGAAGACUGGUUGCUGUUGAUACUUACAACAGGAAAUGCUUGGUGUAUAAUGAGAAACUUGAGAAAGUAGGAUCAUAUCAGUUAUCCUACCCGCCACUAUCUAUAGCGGCUGUAUCAGAGGAAGGCGUAGUUAUAACAAGUGGUAAUAGCUACAUAAUAGAGUUUCUACAUAUUAGUAAACGUAAUGAAAUUACAUUGGACAGAACUUGUAAAGUGAAAGCGAAAUAUGACUCUAUAUGUUUAAAAGAUGAUGAUCAAUUUGUCGUGGGGCAUUUUGAUGACAAAAGACCUGCAUGCAUUGUGUCAUUGGCAGGAAAUGAGAAUGAUUUCAGUGUGAGCUUUCCUGAUAAGGAAUAUACUAUAUAUAAUAAUUCUUGUACAUAUAAUAAAAACUGCGACAUACUGGUGCUAACAGAUAAAUGCGAACAUCUUGUCUACAUAUAUGAUAUCAAGACAGACACGAGAGUCGUGGUGAAGGAUGAUAAGAUAAAGGAACCUCGUGGUGUAACAGUUGGUCCCUCUGAUACUAUCCUGAUUUGUAGUAAGGGAACAAACUCUAUUGUACAGAUAUCACAAACAGGACAUAUCUUAUCAUCACACAAGAUUGAUAUGAUAUAUCCGUUUAGG